GACGACUCUUCAGGUCCCCGCUCAGUGCUCAACUGCCGACAGUUGCUGCUAACGUCGCUCGAACGGGCUUUAAACGGGCGUGAGACCGCUUUACUUAGCGAUAGAAUAGGAUUCAUUUCUAUUAACUGUACUGUCAUAUCUACAAAAACCAGAGAGGGCAUAAAUAAUCGUUUUCGGGGAACUACAUGUUGCUACCGCCGGCGGACGUGUCACCUUGAUUUCUGUCUGCCCGAAAUGACUGAACAACGCUCGCGACUGACGCAAAGCUAACCAACCGUCCUCGUGAACUUACCGCCAGGAAGUGGGUUAGUUUUAAUGUUAACUUAUGUCUCGGGAUUUUUAAAAUAACAGUUUUCUCUUUUUACGUCGCUUUUUAAAAUGGGAGUAGUACUGCGGAACCUCCAAAAGGUGGUGCCUCUUCGCCGCGCGAGACUGCGCAAGGAUGUGGACACACUGAGGCACAUACUGGGCAUCCAGAAAUUUGACCUGGGCAUCGUCUGCGUGGACAACCACAGGAUCCAGCAAAUUAAUUACACAUACAGGAAGAAAAAUGUACCCACGGACGUGCUCUCCUUUCCAUUCUACGAGGACUUGAGACCUGGUAAGCUGCCUUGUCCCUUUCACAGAGAUGAGCUGAACCUUGGGGACAUUUUCUUGGGGGUCGAGUUUAUGAUGAAGCAGUGUCAGGAGGAAUCCCUAGAUCUGCAUUCAACGCUCACUGUCGUCACUGCACAUGGUAUCUGUCACCUGUUGGGCUACAGACACGAGACAGAAGAGGAAUGGACUGAGAUGUUGCAGAGGGAGAACUACAUUCUAAGUGAGUACAACAGACUGACAGGGAGGCGACUGGAGCCGCUGAUGAAGAGGUGCAGUCAGGACAGGUGACGAUGACCGUCACCUGCUGAUGCUGACAUUACACUUGCACUCAGUGCACUAUGGUGCUUGAUAUUGUUGUUCACUAUCCUUUAACCAGGUGGACUACUGGUCUGUUCACUGGUAUGCUGCCCUCUCCACAAUCACAAUCUGCAGCUACCUGUAAGGACUUUAAUUACCAGGCAGGAGACAGACAGCUGUGUGACUGUGGGAGUCCCUUUUCCCCCCAAACACUUCAUGUGUGUGUUUUAAACAUCAAAUUA